AAAAACUUGGGAGGCUGCCGCUGGUGACAAGACGCGAACUUCAGUCUCAAGCCACCUACUGCUCCUCCUGCUCUCUGCCCGACUCCUCCACCGCGAAGCUCUCCGGAACCUCAGCUCACGCCUGGGAGCAAGAACCCACUAGCACACCUGCCCUCCCCGCCAGGACGCGCCCGGCCCUCUCUACGCUUCCAGGUCCCGCCCCCUGCAGCCUUCACUCCUCAAGCCAGCCCUAGCUUGUGCCAGGAACGGUGGGCAUCAAGAUGAAGGCGGCACGCUUCGUGAUGCGCAGCGCGGGGUCCCUGGUCCCUCGAGAGGUUGAGCAUUUCUCGCGUUACAGCCCGUCCCCACUGUCCAUGAAGCAGCUACUGGAUUUUGGUUCAGAUAAUGCAUGUGAAAGAACCUCUUUUGCUUUUUUGCGACAAGAGCUGCCUGUGAGGCUAGCCAAUAUACUCAAGGAAAUUUAUAUCCUCCCUGAUCGAUUAGUAAACACAUCUUCAGUACAAUUAGUGAAAAGCUGGUAUAUCCAGAGCCUGAUGGAGUUGGUGGAAUUCCAUGAGAAAAGCCCAGAGGACCAGAAAGCAUUGUCAGAUUUUGUAGAUACUCUCAUCAAAGUUCGAAAUAGACACCAUAAUGUAGUUCCUACAAUGGCACAAGGAAUCCUAGAAUACAAAGAUGCCUGUACAGUUGACCCAGUCACCAAUCAAAAUCUUCAGUAUUUCCUGGAUCGAUUUUACAUGAACCGUAUUUCUACCCGGAUGCUGAUGAAUCAGCACAUCCUUAUAUUCAGUGACUUACAGACAGGAAACCCAACCCACAUUGGAAGUAUCGAUCCAAACUGUGAUGUGGCAGCAGUGGUCCAAGAUGCCUUUGAUUGUUCAAAGAUGCUUUGUGAUCAGUAUUAUUUGACAUCUCCAGAAUUAAAGCUCACACAAGUGAAUGGAAAAUUUCCAGGCCAACCAAUUCAUAUUGUAUACGUUCCUUCUCACCUUCAUCAUAUGCUCUUUGAACUAUUCAAGAAUGCAAUGAGGGCUACAGUUGAACACCAGGAAGACUGGCCUUCCCUGACACCAGUGGAGGUGACUGUUGUCUUGGGAAAAGAAGAUCUUACAAUUAAGAUUUCAGACAGAGGAGGUGGUGUUCCCCUGAGGAUUAUUGACCGUCUCUUUAGUUACACGUACUCCACUGCACCAACGCCUACGGUGGAUAAUUCCCGGAAUGCUCCUUUGGCUGGUUUCGGUUACGGCUUGCCGAUUUCUCGUCUCUAUGCCAAGUACUUCCAAGGAGAUCUAAAUCUCUACUCUUUGCCAGGAUAUGGAACGGAUGCUAUCAUCUACUUAAAGGCUUUAUCUUCUGAAUCUGUUGAAAAACUCCCAGUCUUUAACAAAUCAGCCUUCAAACAUUAUCAGACAAGCAGUGAGGCUGACGACUGGUGUAUCCCAAGCAAGGAACCAAAGAACCUGGCGAAGGAAAAAGUGCUGUGUGAAGAGGGACCCUCAGGACACUCUAAGGGAUCAAAGUGGGUCUGUGCCAGUGCUGUUUCCUGAAUGUUUGCAUGUGAACUCUUGUUUCCUCAAAAACAAACAGCAACAAAACCUCCUUGAUCAGAACACCAGUGCAAAGAGGCACACAGCUCAAUUCUGUGACCCAGGCGAGCGUAGUGCAGGACUACAGGAGUUAAUGGCUGGCCAGCUAUUUAUUCUGUUAACUUAGAAUAACACAUGAGUUUAUAUCAAAUCCUGAAAAGAAACAAACAAGCGUCAGUUCUCCAACUCUUUAUCAACAAGGAUGGGAAAGAGUGAGAAGCGAAGA